GAGAGGGUGUGUCACUGGAAAGACGUCCGGGUAGGAAACACAAACAAAAUGGCUGGGAAGAAAGACGCUGAAUCCUUCGAACUGAUGGACCUGGCUGAACAGGUCAAGAAGCAGAGAUGGUGGAACAAAAUGUUCGGGAAUAAUUCCGGCCCGGCUGCUGAGAAGUAUUCAGUCGCGACACAACUUGCCAUUGGUGGAGUGACUGGGUGGUGUGCGGGGUAUCUGUUUCAGAAAGUCGGAAAAGUUGCAGCAUCGGCUGUAGGAGGCGGCUUCUUUUUGCUUCAGAUUGCUAACCACACCGGAUACAUUACAGUGGACUGGAAGAGAGUGGAGCAGGACAUGAACAAGGCCAAGAAACAGCUGAAGCUGAACGCGGACAAGCCGAGUAAAGAAGUGAAGACUAAAGUUCAAGAGGUGCAGACAUUCGUGAAGAAGAACAUCGUCCUUACGGGAGGCUUCGCGGGAGGAUUUCUGCUCGGGCUGGCCUCAUAGGAACCCUCUCACCCUUCUCACGUGGUCUUAGAAAGGACCUCGAAGAAAACGUCAACUUGCAUGCAACAAAUGUUUUCUUUGACAACUUAUUUAUAUGAUGGAUAGAGAGAGAGAGAAAGAGAGAGAGCAGGACACAGCCAGCGUUGAUCUGUUUGCACUGAUCUGUUUGAACUUUCUUAUCACGGUGAUUAGUUUUCCUUUUGAAGCUAAACUUUCUUUGAAGCUUUACUGGAUCAUAUUUUGUAAUAUGGAAGAUCAUGGUACAUAUUUAAAUGUGUGUGUUCAUGGGUAUGUACAUACCUCAAGCCAGCCUUUAAGCACUGUGUGUAAACUGACGAAUGUUAAAGAUUUAAAAGUUUAAUUAAACAUUUCCCUUAAAGCUCGACCUCUGAGACGCCACUACACCGGAUUCAACAACGAAGAAAGUUGGAAUUCCUUUUUUUUCAUAUCCGUAAAUAAACAGUUAAAGCUGUUUUCA